AUGGACGGAGAUCUGAGUCUUUCUCAGUCCCUCGGUGGGCUACGCAUCGCCAAUCCCGACAAUGCCUCUACAAAUACCUCAGAGGGCCCCUCGAUCUCCUCCCUGAAAUUGUCUUCCAUGGGCCAAGAUGCUCCUGAAGCUCUAGCUGCCCCCGAACACUCCCAGCCUGGCAAUCGAUCAGUAGAGAUCGGCCCAAGUCCUGCGCAGCAAGCAUCAGCUUCGAAUGUAAAUCUCCAUGAUUACUCGAGAAAUUCGCCGUCGCAUCUCCCCUCCAACGUACAACUCAACAUGUCUCAUCAUCCCAGCCGUCAAUCAGUCUGUCUUCCUCCCAACCACCAACCCUCUCCGCGUGGUGAACCCUACCGCCUUCGAACGGAUUCAUCUGUGUCUGCUACGGAAUACCCGUCCAGGAUCGACUCUCGUGGUGGUUCUACAGCUCUCCAGGCCGGUGUCCUUCCUCGAGACGAAGGACACACUGAUAGAUCUUAUGCACCAACAAAGGUCUUCCGUGGCGGUGCUCCCUUACCGCCUAGACAGAGCUCCCGCAGAGCUCCGAGCACAUCUAUACCUGCUGUCUCAGCCUCUUAUGGCAACGAAAAUGCUCCCCUUCAUAGCUCUGAGGAAUGGCAGGAGCGUGGAGCGGCAGUAGGUGUGCAGCAGGAGAUCGAUGCAAAUGGAAAGCCAGUUGCGAGAUAUGUGAAAAAGGGAGUCAGAGACUUUGUGUUUGGCCGCACCCUCGGUGAGGGCUCUUACAGUCAGGUUGUUGCCGCCACGGACCGCCAGACCCUCAAGGAAUAUGCUAUCAAGAUCCUUGAUAAACGCCACAUAAUAAAGGAGAAGAAGGUCAAAUAUGUAAACAUCGAGAAGGAUACGCUGAAUCGCCUGACUGAUCACCCUGGUGUUGUCCGGCUAUACUACACCUUCCAGGACGAGCGAUCGUUGUACUUCGUGCUCGAUCUUGCAGGAAGUGGUGAACUCCUUGGUGUUCUCAAACGGAUGGGCACCUUUGAUGAAGAAUGCACGAGAUUUUACGGAGCUCAGAUUUUGGAUACCAUUGGAUACAUGCACCGGCGUGGAGUUAUCCACAGAGAUCUUAAGCCAGAAAAUGUUCUUUUGGACAACCAAAUGCACGUAAAGAUCACCGACUUUGGAACAGCAAAGAUCCUCAGUAUGCCUUCCCCCAAAGAAGGGGGAAAUGAUAACGGAAUUCCGUCAAUGGAUAUGCCGGAGGAUGAGAGGGCGAGGUCUUUUGUCGGAACUGCAGAGUAUGUCAGUCCAGAACUUCUCACUAACAAGAGUGCAUGCAAGGCCAGUGACCUAUGGGCGUUUGGCUGCAUCAUAUUCCAACUUCUUGCAGGUCGACCGCCCUUUAAGGCUGCGAAUGAGUACCUCACCUUUCAAAAGAUUGUCGCCCUAGAAUACGAGUUUCCAAAGGGAUUCCCACCUGCCGCUCGGGACCUGGUAGAAAGACUGCUCGUUCAUGACCCAAACACUCGACUACAGAUCGAGCAUAUCAAAAACCAUGAGUUCUUUAACGGAAUUACCUGGGGUCGCGAGCUUUGGAAGCAAAAGCCGCCUAGACUAAAGUCAUACUCACCACCGACGGAGCCCAUCAAACUUAACGGUCCAGAUGAUGACGACAGUUUUCCUCCUAAUAUCAACAUGAAACCUUCUGCGGGAUUGCCGCCCUCCUCUACAACCUCGCAGAAUAGAUCAUAUCCUCCCGUGAUUACUGAGCUUCCUCCGCCUUCGCAGCUUGAUAUUGAAUGGUCCCCUGUCCUGACCCGAACUAACGAGCGUAUAUUAAAGCUGGGAAACUUAACGGUAUCCACUUCCUCGGCUCCCCGUUCUCAAAAUAAAAACGGUAAUGGGGAUGGCGAUACGCCGAAAAAGUUAUCCCGUUUCUUUGGCGGGUCUGCCACCAAGAAGCGGCAACGAUUGGUCCUAGUCACCUCCGCUGGCAGGGUAAUCAUCGUUCCGGCGGGUGGCGAGGAUAAACGGCCAAAAAUGGACAUCAUGCUUCUAAAUCCAGACACCCAGUAUCGCAGCGUAACUGAUUCGAAGGGUUAUACAUCCUGGGCAAUAGAUACGGUUAGUAGCCAGAAACCAACAAAAGCAGCAACCGUUUGUAAGAAAGCCUUUACUGACUUUGCUUUCUUUGGCUCCUCCCAGCGCGAGAAGCAUCAUGUCUUUGAAGAGACUAAACCAAGCAGUGACGCGGCUGCCUCAAAACUCGCCACGCAAGAAUGGCUGGAAGUACUGGACCGUGCAAAGGAGUUGGCUUCCGUUUACUCCACCCCCAAUUCUUACACGGGUGACGACGGGUUUCGAGACUUGUCUUCUGGCGUAUCGAGCCACGCCAACACCCUAAACCAUGCUGAUGAUUCUCCUACGAGCCAAUAUCCACAAUCAAGUGGGAGAAAUGCUCUAUCCAAGCCAUCGCCAGAGGGUGACUCCAAAUCAAAGAAACGAUUCAGCAGAAGACACUCCAGGAACGGCCUCUCCGCCGUCUUCUGA